GGGAAGCCCAGACUUUAAAAGUUUCGUUUCACUUAGAAGACAGUCUCUCGCCUGACUCACACCCACCAGCCCGUUCUUCUCGGACACCUCCGACCUGAAAUCAAUAAUGACAAGCUCCAAAUCUUCUCAGACUACACGAAACAUAGUGAUCGCCUGCCUGGCCCUGUGGUCGAUCAUCUCUCUUAUCAUUAUUGUGGUAUGGGCCACUUCGCCUGAGAUGAAGGGAGCCAGUCAGUGUCGGACAGAGAUGCAAGCCCUCAGGGAGAGGCACGAAGGAGCAAAAGUGGUGUGGAACAAAGACCGAAAAGCUCUUGAGGAGCUGGUGAGACAGGGAUGGAGGAACCAGACUGCUCUACAGAAGCAAAUCGACGAGCAGAAGAACCAAAUACAGUCUCUGAACGUCUCUUUGAACACCAGCCAGCAAGAAAACGCUAUCCUGAAUGAAAACAUCACGAUUUUGCAAGGCAAAAUUGAACAAUACAAGAUCAUGGAGGAAAAUCUCACUGCUGAAGUCACCCUGCAGAAAGACCAGAUUGAAGCUCUGGAGCACAAUUUGACUCUGAAGGCCCAGGAGUUGGCAUCAUGCGAGGCUUUGCGCAUCGCUGCUAAACAGCUCCAAACGGCUGCAGAGAAACAGAAACAGGCUUGCGAGACCACCAGGCAAUAUUUACAAAAGCAGCUCAUGAAGUGCAAAGAAGUGGAAAAACAUGAAAAUGAACCUGAACAUGAAUAUCAUCUUGAGCUCAAUGACAGCGGAGGCCAAGGAAUCACCAUGAAUAGUGUUACACUGGCCGUGAUUGGUUGCCUUAGCCUGCUUUUGGUACCAUAGACGAGGGGAAGGCUGGAUGAUGGAGUAUUUGGGUACAUGUUCCGGUGCAACACUGUUCUGAGGACGCCGCUCAGGUGCACUUGUAACCCUGGACUUGAAGCACAAUUAAAUCUUCAUUUGGAAGUGCUGAUGCAAAAUUUUUGAUCAUUUGUAAUGAAGGUAUUUGUGUUGCAAACAUUUUUGGUGGCCCGGUUGAAAGCAUGGAGAAUUUCUUCGCCUUAUUCAACAAACAUAUGCUGUACUUCAUUGGUGGUAACUUUUUUUUUGGUUCUCUUUAGUUAUUUUUUAUUUGGAAAAAGUAUAUGAAUUUUGGGUUUAGAUGUUUCAGAAUUGUAUUUAUUUUUUUGUUUGGAAUAACCAGGCUAAUAUGCCAAUGAGAUAUUAACAUUAAGAGCUAUUCAGAAAUUUCAUCACACUGUUUUACCACUGUCUGUUUUUUUUUUGUUUUGUUUUUUUUAAAGAAAUUCAUGAAAACCUUUUAAUAGCUAUUUGUGAAUAAAGUUACAAUGUUGACUCUCUAA